AUUAUACGCCACUGGAGACACCCCGAGCUGGCUAGGCAGGUGCGGCGUUUGGUGAUUUCAUGGCUGGACUGUGACGGUGGACCCUGUAAAAAGCUAGGCGAGGACGAAACCGUGGGGGACGAAGUGGUCGAAUCUGUCGAUGCUGCAUUGGACGAGAUUUUUGAGCCGGAGGAAGAAGACAUGAGGACCGAAUGGAGAAAGCAUCUGCUGACCCUCUGCGAGGAGGCCUGGUUAGGGCUUCUUCUCGCCCGCACCACCCAUCUGGAAACCAUCGAGUUCUCCCACCGGUCCACGGAGCUGAUGUCGGACAUUCUGCGCAAGGCCGCAUGGCGCCAGCGACCCUUCCACCGUACCCCUCCCUUUCCCCAUCUCCAAGAAGUCUUCGUCUCAUCCCAAACGGCCGAUACAUGGGUGGAUCCCGUGGGCGAGUCGUACCGGGACGGCCCCGAGAACUGGUCGCGGGAGAUCCGCCAUUGUUCACGCCCGGUGCGUAAGUUCACUAUCAGGCCGGCGUGGUGGUGCCACGGGAGGCUCGACUGGCUCGCCGCGAGCCCGGCGCUCGAGCAUGUCGCUCUGGUCUUCGGACUGCACCCGGAUGAGGACCAUCUGCCGGAUAAGUGCAAGUUCCACGCUCCGGAAUUCCGCCACGCGCUCCUCCCAUUCACCAGGACGCUCCGGACCCUUCACCUACAGGUCGAAGACCUGUUUGAGGAGGACUGGCGGUCGGCCACCAACGACAGGCAGCCGUUUGCAUCCCUCCGGAAAUUCGCCGUGCUCGAGGAGCUGCGCAUGCGGUGGGUACACCUCCUGUAA